GGGUCUAGAGGACCAAUGGGGGAACAGUUCGAGGGCCCGGCUGCUUCCAGAAAACAGGUGAAGGAAAAGUAGCCCAACUUGAAGCUGGCGGGAGUCGCCCUUGGAGCUCCAGGUUUCGGUGUCCCAGAGAGGCGGCUUUUCCACCUCCUUCCCCUAAGUUCAAGGCUCAUUGCAGUCACCAAACCGGUAACUGAAGGAGGCCGACCAAAGAGAAACUAGUUCCCUCACUCACUAUUGUGACAGGAUGAAUGUGGGGGUGGCUCACAGCGAGGUGAACCCCAACACAAGGGUGAUGAACAGCCGAGGCAUCUGGCUAGCCUAUAUCAUCCUUGUAGGCCUUCUGCAUGUAGUUCUACUCAGCAUCCCCUUCUUCAGCAUCCCCGUAGUCUGGACCUUGACCAAUGUCAUCCAUAACCUGGCUAUGUAUGUCUUUCUGCACACUGUGAAGGGGACACCUUUUGAGACCCCCGAUCAAGGCAAGGCCCGGCUGCUUACACACUGGGAGCAGAUGGACUAUGGGCUCCAGUUCACCUCCUCCAGAAAGUUCCUCAGUAUUUCUCCCAUUGUGCUCUACCUCCUGGCAAGCUUCUACACCAAAUAUGAUGCUGCUCACUUUAUCAUCAAUACUGCUUCACUACUCAGCGUACUACUACCUAAGUUACCCCAGUUUCAUGGUGUCCGUCUCUUUGGAAUCAAUAAGUACUAAGAUUUGACAAUGACCGCUAGGGUGCAGGCUAGAGGACAAAAUACCGUCAAUACCCGAGGAACAACUGACCUUUUUUGUCAACCCCAGGGAGAUGAAUUUGGGGGCAGUGGAAGGACAAUUCCCCUACAAGUAAGGGCAGGUUCCUUAAAAUCAAGCAAGAUGGAUAGGGGCUGGGCCCACACUCCUGUACGGUACUAGUUUUUCUUUUCCAAAUCCUUUUAUCAUUGCUAUAUAUAUUUCUUUAUAACAAGCUAUUUUUCAGAUGUUAAAUUUAAAGUAGUCAGCAGUACUUUGUGGGAGGCGAAGGAGGGAGAAAAAACUACAUUCUUCUUAAUCUCAAAUUUAAAAAUAAAAUCUUUUCUUAUUGUUAUA